CUCUCUCUCUCUCUCUCUCUCUAAAACACUCUCUCUCUCUCUCUAAAAAAAAUAAAAAAAUUACACGAAACACGAUGCAAUAGCAAUACACAAAAUCUACUAGGGUUUCAAAUUUCUCUCCCUCUCUCUCUCUCCAUUUUCCCUCUCCUCUCAUUCUCCUAAUAGAAGGGAAGGCGCCAGGUGUUCGUUUCUGUCCUCUCGGGUUCUCCAAUUUUCUUUCUGGUUUUCCCGGAAAAUCUUUUUUUCCCGGGAAAUUUCUGCCCCCCACCCCGAGCUCUUCUCCCAGCUCUUUCAAGGGCUGUUUGUUUUAUGAUUUGUUGAUCUGAGAGGAUCGAUGGGUUAGUGGAGUUGAGGGAGGGGAAUUACACGGAUUCGAAGGGAAUAUUAUUUUUUGUUGUUGUUGUGUAAAUUCAAGAGAGAGGAUUUGGGAUAUCGUGAAUAGAAAUUUGUAUGAAAUCUUGAUUUGUUGGGGUUGUUGUGGUUGAGUUCAAUUUGGUGUGUGUGUGGGGGGGAUUGAAUGCGUACUGCAUUAUGGAUUUUGAAGGCGUGACACCUUCGAUGAGUUUGGUCAAAUGUUGUGAUUGUGGGUGUAGUUGUUCGUCGAUUAACAGGUCCUAUUCGGGUACUUGGCUUCGGUCCGUGAAGAGGAAAUUCAAUGAGUUUGAGGGAGGCAAUACGUUUGUUAUCCCUGGUUUCAAUUUGCCCCAAAUUGCUCGCGUUGAAAUUGAGAAUGAAGCCGAUGCGUUGCGGGAAAUGGUUAGCAGCCAGCAACUAUCGAUACAGGAUCUUUCAAUUGAAUUGGAGGAGGAGAGGAAUGCUUCCUCGUCAGCUGCAAAUGAGGCCAUGUCUAUGAUUUUGAGGUUGCAGAGGGAGAAGGCUGAGAUUCAGAUGGAGGCCAGGCAAUUCAAGCGGUUUGCAGAGGAAAAGAUGGCACACGACCAACAAGAGCUAUCGGCGAUGGAGGAAUUGUUGUAUAAGAGAGAACAGGCUAUUGAAUCUCUGUAUUGUGAGGUGCAGGCUUAUAAACAUAGGAUGAUGAGUUACGGUCUUACAGAAUCCGAGGCAGAUGGAGAGAGAGGUAGCAUGACCCGCAACAAUAGUGUAGCUGGAAACCUUGAUGCUCAAUGUGAUUUCCCCGCCUAUAAUUACCCCCCUCUCAAAUGCAAUUUGAAUGAGAACCUUCAUUCAGAAGUUGACAAUGAUGUGGUUGAUGUUGAAAAAUAUGCAUUUGGUGAGACCCCACGUUCUCAAGAUCAUUUGAAGGAUUUGGAAUAUAGGAUCAACCAAUUGGAGAGAACUCCUAGACAAAUUCUGCCAGAUGGGGAGUUUCCCAGUGCAAAGAAUGUGUUUGAAAAGGUGAUAGUUGGUCAGUCUCCUAGGCGGCCAAGACAUUUUAGAAGAACGUCCACAGAUAGUUCGAACUCAUUCUAUGCAAUGGGUAAAGAAAUGUGUCCAGAUACCACUGACUCUCCAAGGUUUGGUACCAGCUUCAAGAAGACGGAAUACUCAAAGACGGAUGACUAUUCAAAUUUGAGAAAAGUGGAUAAUGCAUCGGAAGUCGGAGAUGACAUGAGUGACAGGGUAUAUACCAUUGAUUCUGUUCAUCAAGAAAUGACAUAUAAUCGGCUCACGGAGAGCAAGCCUACGAUUGGAGCAUGUGAUGAUUAUUUAACUACUCCAAGGGAGUCACUGUACCAGGCAGAUGCAGGAGAUCCUGAGAUCAAGAAGCUGUACACGAGGCUUCACGCACUCGAAGCUGAUAGAGAAUCAAUGAGGCAGGCACUCAUUUCUAUGCGAACUGAUAAAGCUCAACUUGUAUUGUUGAAAGAGAUAGCUCAACAAUUGUGUAAAGACAUGUCACCAGCAAGAAGUAUGCCUGUAAAGAAACCAUCUCUUAUUAAGAGCUUUUCCUUCAUGACAGUGUUCAAGUGGGUUGUGUCCUUCGUUUUCUGGAGAAAAAAAGCACGCCACAGCAAGUACAUGUUUGGGAUGUCAGCGAACAAUGUGGGUUUGCUAAUGCUUUUAGACAAGGGUCCACGCGUGGGACAAUGGAGAUGUCUUUCAAGUACGCAAGUGUGACACCGGUUGUUGACCUUACUGAUCCAUGUUUGAAGUCCGUACCAUGUGAACACCAAGUGGAUUUCAGUCGCACUCUUGAAACCUUCAGAUUUUGCAUUUUUCUUUUUCUUUUUCUUUUUUCUGGCUUCCUUGUUGCUGCAGAUUUGGGUGAUGGGUUGUAUUUGUGCAGUGUUCUUUCAAUUCAUUUUCUCAGGAUUGAAUAUAUUUUGCUGGUUGAUCACUAAAACAUGGAUAGUAGUGUUGUAGGUUUGCAUGCUCAAAUAUGUUUUGUUGGAAUUUAGCCUUUGAGGUAACCCGUCUUUUUGACAGUUCUACUGUGUAUAGUACUGAUUCGUGUAUGAUUCUCCAGUCACAUUAUGCAGCGUGUAGCGUGUAUUCUUUGCUUAUUGAAGCACUUUAAAAAUUCUCACCUGUAAUUGAUGCAGGUUUGAUCAUUGGAUUC